AUGGGAGACAUCACGACCGUAUCGACGAGACCAAAGGAAGGGCCAUCAUCCAUAAAGUGUCCGAUGCUGACGGCAACAAACUACACAGUUUGGGCAAUGCACAUGAAGGUCCUUCUCAAGGUUCACAAAGUGUGGGAAACCGUUGAAAGUGAGACAAUCGAGCCCGAUAAGAACGAUAUGGCCACAGCUCUUCUUUUCCAAUCUAUUCCAGAAGCGCUUAUCCAGCAGGUCGGAGAGUUAGAUACCGCGAAGCAGGUUUGGGACGCCAUUACAGCCCGACAUCUAGGAGUGGACAGAGUCAGAGAAGCUCGUUUACAAACCCUAAUGGCAGAAUUCAAUCGCUUGAAGAUGAAGGAAACUGAUACAAUUGAUGACUUUGUUGGCAAGCUAUCUGAGAUCUCUUCGAAAUCUGCAUCUUUAGGGGAAAAUAUUGAGGAAACAAAGCUAGUCAAGAAGUUUCUCAAGAGUCUACCUAGAAAGAAGUGUGACAAGAAUGGACACUUUGCGUCUAGUUGUCCCGAUAGACUUCUGAAGCUUCAAGAGACAUACGAAAACAGACUCAAGGAGAUAACAGAUUAUACACAAGAGGCUGAUAGGUUAUUAAUGCACGAAGUAGUCUACCUCAAUGAAAAAAACGUAAACCCCAAGGAUUUUGAAGCUAGCUCGGACAGUGACAGAGUUUGGUAUCUCGACAAUGGGGCGAGUAAUCAUAUGACGGAGAGGUAUGAGUACUUCAAGAACAUUGAUUAUUUGGUGACAGGAAAGGUGAGAUUUGGGGAUGACUCAAGAAUCGACAUCAAAGGCAAAGGCUCCAUACUGUUUAUAAGUUAA